AUGAUUUGCAGUGUUUUAAACACGCGCUACGCUGACGUACAAGUGAGGUAUUCAACGCCCGCCUGCUACCUGAAAGCAGUGUAUGAUUCCAGCCCUGAGCUUCAGACAAAGCAGGACGACUUCUUACCGUUCGCAUACGACAGGGAGUCGUACGCGGUCGGGAUGUACACCUCCCGACCGUCGGUCAAAUACUUGGCUAGGGAAGGACAUCGGUAUUUACAGAUAGCUAAACAGCUACAAGUGAUGGCACGGUUGCCAAACAAUGACAAAAUUUUUGAAGAAUACCACUGGAUUAAUGGUGCAUUUCAAGAUCACAACAUUAUAACGGGCGAGAUGCGGCACUACGUGUACAAAUAUUACGUAGACCGCAUGAACAAAGCCACGAAUAUGGUCGUCACCAACAUAUUAGAGACGGGAUUUAAUAUACUGAGGAACAAUACUGCGGGUAAUCAAGCAAUGAUUAGGUGCAAACUGAACGUAUCCCGGUGUCAUUGUACAGAAGGAAAACACAUGUUUAUAGUAGUAUACAAUCCGCUUGCCUGGCCCGUCUCUAUGCCGAUUAGAUUGCCGAUGUUUCAAGUUGAACAAGUCGUUUACGAUCCAAAAGGUAAGAAAGUUAGAGCGGGACAGAUAGAGUUGCCGGAGCCCGUGCGCGAGAUCCCGGAGAGGCAGAGCCGCGCAGACUUCGAGCUCGUCUUCAUCGCUGAGGACCUUCCGCCCAUGGGGAUAAGAUCCUACUAUCUACAAAGACGCCAAUUAGGCUGGGAACGUCCAAAAAGGUCUCCCAAAGUCCACAACAAGAAGAAUAAGAAAAAGAAGAAACUCCACUCACGAUCAUACUCUCCAUUGAACGUAGACACCGCAGUAUUCGACGAACUAGUAGACUACGAAUAUUUCGAAGACGCAACCACUACAGAAGCUUACAAUCCAGAUACCAAAACCGAAAUAAAUGAUGUUGCAACAAGUAUUGAUAAUGAUGACGUUACCAUAACUUACAAUAGUGCAACCACUUCAAAAAAUAUCAUUAACACAACUUCCAAUAGUGAGACUACCACAAAAGUUGAGAUACUUGACAAAACAACUAAAAAUAAUGAAGAGACUUUAGACAAUAAUGAUAAUACAAUUGACUCAACAACUAGCAAUGUCAUUACUACAAUUACAAUAGAGAAAGGUUCCUUAAACUAUGGCAAUUAUUUAAUUGCAACAACUCCUAACAAUGAUAUUACUACAAGUUCAACAGAGUAUCAAAGCACUAGUAUAGCUAAUGCUAAUUCAACAUUUAAUGUUAAAGAAGUAGAUACAACUACCGAAGCUGCGGCUCGUGGUGUUACCCGCGUUUUAUUAGGGAUUUUUUUCCGCAGUAACACGUAG